UACGUGAAUAAAACUUAACGGUGAUCUCGAUAACUUUAUCAUUAUCAUCAUUAAUAAUCUUGGAUCACGGGUUACUUCCAGUUUGCUUAAAUAAUAAAAUUGUUACGAGUAAUAUAUAUGAAGAAAAAGAAAAGAGCAACCGACCAUUAUGAGCUGCUGCUGUAUUGGCAAUGACGACAACAACAACGCCGUUUCUAACCACCACCACCGCCAUUUGCCCUGUUAUGCCAAAAUGGGCCACAACUGUUGCUGCAAAAUCUGCUGCUGUUCGAUUUGGUCUUCUGAAUAAGAAUAACAGCCCAAAUAACAACAACAACCUCAAUUUCAGUCGAAGAGUUAUUAAGGCUAGUAGUGGUGAGUCGGUUCAUAUCUCUGAUCACGAUCAUCAGGUUGAAGACAUUGCCACAGAGGAGCGAGAUUUCUCUGGCACGCCACAUGUUCCAGUAUAUGUUAUGCUACCACUUGGAAUCAUCAACAUGGAGUGUGAACUGGUUGAUCCUGAUGAGCUGUCGAAUCAGCUAAGAAUGUUGAAGUCAAUCAACGUUGAUGGUGUUAUGGUCGACACCUGGUGGGGAAUUGUGGAGGCUAACAAUCCGCAGCAGUAUAAUUGGAAAGGAUACAAGCAACUCUUUAAGAUUGCUCGUGAAUUGGGUCUUAAGUUACAGGUUGUAAUGUCCUUCCAUGAAUGUGGAGGGAAUGUUGGUGAUGAUGUUCAUAUCCCGUUACCUAACUGGGUUAGAGAAAUUGGUAAAGAAAACCCUGACAUAUAUUUCACAGACCGAGACGGCAGACGCAACCCUGAAAGUCUUACCUGGGGAAUUGACAAAGAACGUGUUUUGAGAGGCCGCACUGCUGUUGAGGUAUACUUUGAGUAUAUGAGAAGCUUUCGGGUUGAAUUUGAUGAAUUCUUCCAGGAUGGGAGUAUUACAGAGAUCGAGAUUGGAUUAGGUGCUUGUGGAGAGUUACGUUAUCCUUCUUACCCUGCAAAACAUGGUUGGGAAUAUCCUGGUAUUGGUGAAUUUCAGUGCUAUGAUAAGUACCUAGCAAAGUGUCUACAGAAAGCAGCUGAUGCUAGGGGACACUCAUUUUGGGGUAGGCCACCUGAUCAUGCAGGUUCUUAUAAUUCCCAGCCUCAAGAUACCAAGUUCUUUUGUGAUGGUGGUGACUAUGAUAGCGCCUAUGGCAGGUUCUUUCUUAAUUGGUACUCUAAAUAUCUCAUUGAUCACGGUGACAGUGUACUUGCCAUGGCUAAUCUCGCCUUUGAGGAUACUCCCAUUUCUGUAAAGGUAUCAGGCAUACAUUGGUGGUACAAAACUGCCAGCCAUGCUGCUGAACUGACUGCUGGAUUUUACAACCGGGCCAACCGCGACGGAUAUAGUCCAAUUGUGUCAAUGUUAAAGAAACAUAAUGCUGCUUUAAACUUUACUUGUGUUGAGCUGCGUACGAUGGACCAGCAAGAGGGCUUUCCGGAAGCAAUGGUAGACCCAGAGGGGUUAGUUUGGCAGGUACUGAAUGCUGCAUGGGAUGCUGAUGUACUAGUUGCAAGUGAAAAUGCUCUUCCUUGCUAUGAUAAACAAGGGUACAACAAGAUACUGGAACAUGCCAAACCAAGGAACGAUCCAGAUGGUAGGCAUUUAUCGGCUUUUACCUACCUUAGACUUACUCAGGCUCUCCUUGAAGAACACAACUUAAGGGAAUUUCAACUAUUUGUCAAGAGAAUGCAUGGUGAGUCUAUGAAGUGACAAUUGUCUACUAGCAGGUAUUCCCUACUGUCCCUGCCUCUCCAACAACACUCAUAAUUGGCCGGAAUUUGUCAACAACCCUCUCAUCUUUUGACAUUACGCUCUAGCCCCCUUUUGGGUUACCUUCGUUCCUCCCAUUUUCAGAUGUCGACCCCCCUUUCCUUUCUCGGUUACCAAUAGAAGCCUGAAGGUUUUAUGUUAUGUUGUUAUAAUUCGAUGGUUAUUGUUUUAUGUUAUAAUUAAUGUUGUAAUAUUUUGACCUCCGACACCUUAUGGGAUAACACUCAUUUUGGUCUGGUUUUAGAUAAAUGACAUUAAAGGGUUCCAGUAUCAGUUUUGUCAUUGAUGUUUUAAAACUUAUCAAGUUGUUUAUCAUCA